CAUUGACUGCGUGGGCCUGUUUAAUUUGCAUAGAAGGAACAUAAUGUCUCCAAGAGUACUUAGAACUUUGUAAGUAAAUCUAAAGUGAAAAAGUCCAGGUAAAAUUCAGUGACAUUCAUUAUGAAGAGCUCAAACCUAAAUUCACUUCGUGGUUGUCAGAAUCUCCUAUACAACAGAUGAUGAUGGUAACUUGAAAUCUUCAGACUUUAUUGUGUUUUGCUUAGCUAAAAAAUACGACUUAUUACAGCUACUAACUGUGAAAAUGUUAAGGCAAUAUGUAUUAAGUUAGGGUAAUAAAUACUGCGGGGGAAGAUGGUUUUUGAGUGUCUUGGUUAAGGGAUCUCAGUGGUGAGAAGUUUUUAUUAAUAAAGAUAAAAAUAAAAAUAAAAUUAAAUUCACCGGGGAAAUGUGCGUGAUCGUAGCUUUUUAAGUUGCGUCCCCACCUCAAGUUCUUACAUAGAAAACGACCAACCAGCACCAAAGAAAACGGAAGUGGACAAGGUCUGUCAAAAUGGUUGGGCGGGAAACAGUGCCUGACGUGACGAAUUUCUCCUGCUGGACCCCAACUUUCCAGCACCCUACGGUGCCCUCGGCUGCAGACAUUGUCAAGGCCGUGUUCUCGUCUCUUCUGGGACUCAUCGUCAUCAUAGUGAAUAGCAUCUUCAUCGUCGCUCUCAAUGGCAGACGAUACGCCAAGCAUCUCACCUUCCAGCCUCGUUACCUGCUGACCUCCAUGGCGCUAGCAGAUCUGCUGAAGGGCCUGCUGGCCGUGCCCCUUAGCAUCUACCCGGCCCUUUACCACUGCUGGCCGUAUCCUGCGAUCCUGUGCGGGAUCCAGGCGCUGCUGAUGCCUCUCCUUCACCACCAGUGGCUGUGGCCCUCUCUCCUUGGCCUGGAUAGGUACUACUGUCUGCUUCACCCUGGGUCCUAUCGCUACAGAGCGUCUAGACUGCUGUGCCUGACGGCGGUCCUUUUAGCAUGGAUGGCCGUGGGAGUGUUCCACGUGUGUCUCUACCUCCCGACGCCCCAUUUUUACUUCAACCACUUCGGCAGUCAGACCUGCGAGCCUUUCCAGACUGCCAAUUCCAAAAUCAUCAUGGUGGCCUGCGCCGUCUACUUCCCCACCACCAUGGUCACGAUGUACUGCUACGGAACAGUGUUCCACGUCGCAAGAACCUCAGUGCACCGCCUCGUCUGCGCCACCGUCAGCGCCCCGGAAAUCCUGGGCGGCCCUGCCGUGGAGAAGCUGUUGAUGUCGGAGCGACGUGAGAGCUUGCGCGCUUGCAGAGUCAUGGCUGUUGUGUCACUGUCCUUCGUCAUCACCAUCACGCCUUGGACCUUGAGGCAGAUUAUAGCGGCUUGCACCAACUCCAGGAUACCAGGUGGAUUAGAUUACGCCGUGUGGGUGGUGAAUAUCUUCGGAGGCACAGUCAUCAUAUUCAUUUACUGGCUGCUUUCGCCGACUUUUAGAAGGGCGUUAGACGAAACACUACACAACAGGAUCUGCUGCGGGAACGUGUACUACGACCGCGGCGACGACGACGUGACCAUGGUCCACCUACCGCUGCAGAAGGAGGACCACCACCACCAGCAGUUCCAACACCACCACCACCAUCACCACCACCACUACGUCCCGAGCAGCAAACACGACAGCUUCCGCCUCAACAACGGCGGACACGCUGCCAACUGCCCCGCCGUGCCCCCGCCCCCCAGAAUAAACAGCAGCAGCAGCAACAGCUGCAAGAGGCCCGCACCCAGAGCUAACACCACCCCCCGACACCUGGCCAACGGCAGGGCGGGCGGCGUGACGAGCGGCCACCACAACGGCGCCUACGACAUCGAAGCCCUCGGCGAAAAGUACUGGGGGGAGAUCCUGGAACGCACGGUGUCGUCCACGUCUCUCCAGAAUCUCCAGAGAAUAUACAGAAACAACUCCACUUCGCACCCGGAGCUACGGCUAAGCCACACUUCGAACUGGCACAUAUAAACAAUAUAUUGAUUAAGCUUUAGACUUAUAUUCAGCUGUUCACGAACGCCAAACAAAACUAAUUGGGGUAAUUCGCAUUUGGAAUGAAUGAUACUCAAAGUAAUUCAUUGGAAAGCUAGAAAAGUAUACAACGAACUAUUUGCAAUACUGAUUGACAGAGUUACCAUUACGUAGAUCUGGCACCGCAGAUGAAAACCGAAGACUAACAAGAUUCAUAUGAAAUCUUGAAGACGCCGGAAAGAAGCGACUUGCUUGACUCUGUGCUCAUUGGAAAUUGGGUUUCGUAGAAUUCACGAUACUGUUCUUUUUUUAAUUCAAAUCCGUUAUAAAGAGUAUCAGUGAUAUACUCAAUUCUGAGAUGAACCGGAAUAAGGCUUCUAUGUACGAAUUUUAAUGUGCAAUACUUUUUAAAAACUUGUAUCGAGUUUUUAGUAUAGGCAGGUACUCCACUUGUAAUCAAAGAUAUUGUAUAUGUUUACCGGUACGUUACACACAAACACACACACACACACACACACAUAUAUAUAUAUAUGGUGUGUAAACUUGAUACAAAAUCUACAUUUCAAAAAUCUUUGAUCUAUUUCAAUAAAUAGUUUUCCCCUGGGCACAAUAAAAUUGUACCUCGUUUACUUUGUUCUUAAAACAACAACUUUCUCAUUUGUUUUUCGUUAACGUCGCUAACUUGUUGUUAACAAGUUUGUGAUAUGUAUGAGACAUGUAUGCAGCAAGUUCGCAACAUGUAUGCGACAAGUUAGUGACAUUUAUGUGGCAAGUUUGUGACAUGUAAGCGACAAGUUUGUGACAUGUCUACGACAAGUUUUUGACAUGUUGGCACAAGUUUGCUACAAUAUGCGACAAGUUACAAACGUGUAUAGGACGGUUUACAACAGUUUGGAAAUUUUAAAGAGGUAAAGAAACCCCACCGAAGACUUGUUCAGUCGCACGAGAACGCAAACUGAAAACUGUUCCUUGAAGGAAGAUAGAACUUUAGUGAAUGAAAUACUUGCAUUUACACAUAAUUCACUGCGUACACAUGCGUCAAUGCCCAGACCUACAUACCAUAAUGAGCCAUAUCCCCUUUAAUUCUAUUUUUAGACAAAUGGAUCGGGGACCGUGCACCGUAAACGAAUCUAUUUCAUGAGAAACACCAGACACAGACCACCCUACCACCCACCGCCCCCCUCCUCCCCCCCAAUAACAGUACAGGUGUACAAAACUCAAUUAACCUGCGGAAUAUUAGCCUUAAUGUGGAGGCCUUUUGUACAGGCAUUUAUAGAGUUGCAAAAAGCAUGUAUAAAUAGCUGAAAAAAAAACAUUUAUAAAUAGUUGCAAAAAAGCAUUUAUAAAUAGCUGAAAAAAACAUUAUAAAUAGUUGCAAAAAUGCAUUUAUAGAGCACUGUAAAGAGAGAAUAUGGGAUAAAAACAGUAUGAAUAAGAAAUAUAAAGAAUAUAGCUAGAAAUUAAAAAAUUUAAGAGAACAGUGGUAAUAGUAGAAAAAGGUCGAGAAAGCGAGAUUCAACUAGAUAUAUAAUAAAAGACUGGUCUAUAAAAAGGAAGACGAAGUUGACAAACUCCCUUACGUAAGCUUUCAUGUUCUCUUUAAAAAUAAUAAUAAAUUAAAACCAAGAACACUUGACACGAAAUGCGAUUUACAAGGCUGUGACAAACUUGAUUUCAACAACUUAAUAAAAUACAAGUUUUAAACUGAGAACUAUAAACGUUCUCCUGAAAUAAACGGGAAAAAUAUAAUUCCCAAAAGUAAACUGAACACAAGACAAUCAAAAGAACAGGCCAAAAACGAGCACAAAAAGGAGAUAAGAACACGGGGAAUUUGCGACACUGGAAUUGUAACUUCGAAAGGAAGACAAAAGGAAUAUUUUUCUCGUAACCGGUACAUUUUAAGCGUCCUUAUCGCACAAAUAAUUCUAUAAUAACUGCUAUAAAAACAAUAGGUUGCAUGCCGUUUCUAAUUAACUGUGUAUUCAACUUUUAAUGUCUUUUUAUUAUUAUUAUUAUUAUUAUUAUUAUUAUUAUUAU